AACACUCCUCCCAGAAUGCAAAAUGAGCUCAAACCCCAGCGCAGGAAAGAUGUGGCUAGAAUAACCUUUGACCUGUACAAGAACAACCCUCAGGAUUUCAUUGGCUGUCUGAACGUGAAGGCCACCCUUUAUGGCAUCUAUUCUGUCUCCUAUGAUGUGCGCUGCUACGCUGCCAAGAAGAUGCUGAAGUGAGUGACCUGCGAGUGUGUGUCACUGUCAAAGGUGUGGCGGUGAGACCUAGGAGGAGGUUGUUGAUAUGUUCAGUUGAAUUUUGGAAGGUUAUGUCAUCCGUGCUGAGCGCUGCCGAUUUUCAGCUUUAGCUGAGCGGUUAUGACAGCGAGGAUUAAAUUGUGCAGGGGCGACAAAUAAUGUUUUCUAGGCUCCUUUAUUUUCUGCUUGUAUUGUGCUCUAUGAAAAGUCAGUGGAAAGAGAAUGGAAGUUGUAUCUAAACUAGGAGAGAUCAGGGAGAUGCAGGUUCCAUCCCUGCACUGUGAUUCCCAUCUGUCUGACUCGGGAGUUCACUAAUUUGUUUGUGUUUCUCCAUUUGCCUUACUAUAUGCUUAUCUGUCUAUCGGUUUGCACCUCACCUGUCUGAUCACUGAUCUAGAGUCCAGGUAUUAGUCUAUCUGUCUGACAUCUGUUCCUGUAGGGAGGCUCUGAGAUGGACCCUGUUCUCUAUGCAGGCCACAGGCCACGUCCUCCUGGGCUGCUCCUGCUACAUCGAGCAGCUCCUGGACGAGGAUGACCGGGCAGACAGGGGCCUGCCACCACUGCCACAGGAAGGCAAGAUCAAACAACUACAGAGCAUCCUGAAGGGCAGGACUUCUGUGAUGGGCAAGACUGUUGUUUGACCUAUUCCAAUACUAGUAACAUGCAUCCUUCCCUUCUCCCUAAUAAUCACCCAACUAACUUGAUUGUGCAGGUGAAAGGGAAAGUUCCACCACAUAGCUUGCACCUGUCCAGUCAUGGCAGAUUAGUGAUCACUUCAUGGAAGGGAGAAAGGAAGGAAGGAUGGAUUUUCAGGAUAUUCAAAAAGGGAUUUGACU